UUGAAGAGAGAGAGAGAGGGGUAAACGAAAAGAAAGGUGGUAGAUGCAAAUCCCCCAACUCUCUCUCUCUAAAACCUCCGCCACCUUCUCAUCUCUUUCUCUCUCUACUACUACUUCCAGGCUUCAUGCCCCUGUUCUGAGGAAGCACAAAACCAACCAACCCUUUUCAAAGCUCUCUCUCUCUCUUUCUCUUUCUCUCUCUCUCUUCACAAGCAUCCACCCUUCUGGACUCAAUACCUCUCUCUCUCUCUCUCUUCACAAGCAUCCAUCGUUCAGGACUGAGUACCUCUGCCCUUCUUCUGGAGAGAGAGAGAGGUGCCCACUUCAAGGUGGCUUCUAAGAGAGAGAGGGGCUAAAAUUAGUAAGAGGUUGCUGAGAGUUAAGAACCCAACAUGUUACCAAAACCUGUCUCUCUACUUGAUUGACCCUGCUCUUUCCCUCUCCUGUCUCUUACAGACAGACCCUGUUGCAGGAAAAGAGUGAAGCUAGACAUGGUGAGCUUAAGGAGGCGCAGACUUUUGGGGCUGUCUCCAGGAAAAACUGAUUAUGUGCCUGAACUUCCCAAGUUUAGUGAAAUUCCUAAUAUGUUAAAAAAGGUUGUCGAGAAUACCAAGUCUCUUAGAAUGCAGUUGCGGCCUGUGCUUUCAACCGAUUCUGGCUGGCAGAAGCAGACAAAUAUCUCAGAUCCUGGAUCUUCAAAUGUUUCUGGAUGCAGCUCGUCCAAAGAGGAGAUGAAUAAAAAAGAUUCAGAACCAUUGCCUGUUUCAGCAGGUCAAGAAAUCAAGCGUAGAAAACGACAGAGGAGAAAGCACUUCGAAGACCGUGAAGAAUGCAUAAUGAGGGGUGUAUAUUUCAAGAAUAUGAAAUGGCAGGCAGCAAUAAAAGUGGACAAGAAACAGAUUCACUUAGGAACUGUUGGAUCACAAGAAGAAGCAGCCCACUUAUAUGACAGGGCAGCUUUUAUGUGUGGGAGAGAACCAAAUUUCGAGCUCUCAGAGGAGGAGAAGGAAGAGUUGCGCCGUUUCAAUUGGGAUGACUUCCUGACAAUGACACGUAAUGCCAUAACAAACAAGAAGCACCAAAAGAAAAUCGCUAAUGGGAUGCGAAGGAAACAGGCAACCAAUAUGCAACCAUGCAACCAAAGUAAUGGCCAAGCUGCCCAGGCACUAUCGGCCCCUAUGGAAGAAGGCAGACAUGUAUUCAUCUCCUGAUUAUCUUUCCUUAAGGUUUGAAAUCAGAUUGGGAUUAGUGUUUAGGGUUUAGUUAAUUUUCCUCAUUGUUUUUUCCUUUAUAUAAGGCCCCUAUUAGGGCAGAAUGAUUGCUGAAUGCAAAAUUGGUUGACAAGAGAACCUUGAUAUUCUUAGUCUAAUAAAUUGUCUGAUUUUGUUCUC